GAAGUGACGCAACCCACAGGAUCAAAACAUGAAAGAUGCUGGCCAAUUUCUCCUCAAAAACCAACUGCAGCUUUCUGCAGAUUAUCUCGACAAUGCAAGGAAAGUGUGUUAUCCAAUAUAUACAUCUUAAAAAUGGCCACAUGGUACAGCACAGCAAAACAUCUUCUUUGGAUCUAUGCCGAGAUAAUACCAGCUGUUUUUGAAAGAUAAAGGCUAACGUUAGCUAGAUUUCCAAGUCACUCUUAGCCUCUUGCUAACUAUCUAGCACACUCAUAACUGAGUUGAAAUUAACCAGGCAAUCAUCCAGACGUAUGGGAUGAACAUUACCAUAUAUAGGCCUGGUUACUGCGGUGCGACUGGAGUUGCAGACCACCCCUGCGCCUGAGAAAUGUUAACUGUGACAGGCCGUCAUUAACAGAUCGAGGCCGGAAGAGGACAGUCAACAAAACCGAUCACUUGACAACACUAGCUAGCUAACCCAACCACUAAACAUGUCAUCUGAACAAAUAAUCGUAAUUGUUAUGGAUGACAAAACGUACAACGUCAACAAAAGCAAGUUGAUAGAAAAAAGCGACUACUUCCGUGCACUGUACAGCUCUGGGAUGCGCGAGUCCAGAGAGGAUUCAGUGCAACUGCAGGGGCUGAGUGUGCCAGGGCUCGAGCUGGUCCUGGAGUUUAUCAACACCUCCAAAGUGAAAGUAGUCAACGAGACCCUGGAAGACCUGAUUGAGACUGCUUCUUUUUUGCAAGUAACCUCUAUCCUAAAACUCCUUUCGUCUGAAAUUCGACAAGAGAAUUGUGUGGAACUCUACAGCCUAUCUGAGGUAUAUGGAACUCAUGAUCUACGCAACGCUUGUCUCAGAUACAUGAGCUGUCACUACCACCCGAUGCUGCGGAGACCAGAGUUCAGCGACUUACCUGCUGCCCUGCGCAACCAGGUUAGAGAGAUGCGUAUGAAAGGCACGGCCACUCUGGUGGCUAUUGGACUCUUCACCUGUCUGGCUCUGGACCUACCAGACCAGGACGAGCCCUGGUCCAUGCUGAGGUAUGGGGAAGUGGAGCAACGCUGGAAGCCGCUCGCUAACAACCUGCCCUCUGACAUGGUCAAUGUGAGAGGCUACGGCUCAGCCGUGUUGGACAACUACCUGUUCAUUGUCGGUGGGUACAGAAUGACCAGCCAAGAGAUCUCAGCUGCACACUGCUACAACCCCUGUAGGAAUGAAUGGAACCAGGUAGCCCCCCUGAACCAGAAGAGGUCAGUACAGGUCAGCUAUAUGAAUAGACCUCUAUGCAGUCUGUCCCUGUCUUGAGCUCCAAUACUACUGCACUGUUGGAGCUAGGAACACAAGCAUUUCACUACACCUGCAAUAACAUCUGCUAAAUGUGUGUAUGUGACCAAUAAAAUUUGAUUUGAUUUGAAUAUCCAGUCUGUUCCGAUGUCUUGAUCUUCAAACUGCUUUGAUGCUGAGCCAGCAAACUACAUAGGCUACAGUAUGUCUCCGUUCUGUAAUGUUAUUGUAUAUCCGUCUCUCCUCCGGUCAGGUCCAACUUCAAGCUGCUGGCGGUACGAGGGAAGCUGUAUGCAGUGGGAGGCCAGUGUCAGGGCACUGUGGAGUGCUACAGCCCUGAGCAGGACUGGUGGACCUGUGUGUCGUCACUGCCUGACCCCCUGGCAGAGUUCUCUGCCUGCGAGUGCCAGGGCAUGAUCUACGUCAUGGGAGGAUACACUGCCAGAGGUUAGUGGGGGAUGAUUUUCAUUGCCAGCAGAAGCGAGAAAUUUUUCUAAAAUGUCCAAUGUAGACAGACAGUAGACAUAAAGAACUGUAGGCUACACAAAUAGUGCUUGUCCAUUUGACAAAAUAUCAACUGCUUUUAAAAUGAUUGUAACAAAUGCUGUUAUUGUUUCUCUCUGUAUCUACUAGACAGGAAUACCAACGUGCUCCGCUAUUGCCCCUACUCUGACAGUUGGACAGUGUUCCGCUCCUGCUCAGCCCACGUGCGUAAGCAGCAGAUGCUCUCGGUGGAAGAUACCAUCUACCUGGUGGGGGGGAUACACCCACGAGCUGGAGCCAGGUCCUGGGCGGCGGGCCAGCCAGACGGAGGACAUGCUGACGGUACAGUCUUACAACGUGACCACGGGGGAGUGGCUCCACCUGAAGGACAACACCUCCAAGUCGGGCCUGAACCUCACGUGCACGCUGCACAACGACGGCGUCUAUAUAAUGUCGCGUGACGUCAGCCUGCCCACCAGCCUGGAGCACCGCGUCUUCCUCAAGUACAACAUCUUCUCAGACGCCUGGGAGGCCUUCAGACGCUUCCCCGCGCUGGGCCAGAAUAUGCUACUCUGCUCCCUCUAUCUGCCCAACGUUCUAUGA